AUCUCUUCUCUCGUCCUCGCGCUCCGCAGUGACUAUCACGCGCGCUCCCAUCAUCACCGCUACACUGGUGUGGAUGAGCGCAACAUGGCUGUGAAUCUCAGUAAGAACAGACUGGCCCUCUUAACAGCGUAUCAGGACGUGAUCGACGAAGCUACAGCAACCGACUGGGCAUUAUACACAUAUGAAGAUGACAGUAAUGAUCUAAUCCUGUCUGCUUCAGGAGAUGGCGGCCUGGCUGAAAUCGCCGUCAACUUCGACAAUACCCGGAUCAUGUACGGUUUCUGCAGCCUGAAGGAUCCCACAGCAUCCCUGCCACGCUACAUCCUCAUCAACUGGGUUGGUGAAGAUGUGCCAGACGCCAGGAAGUGCGCCUGCGCCAGCCACGUUGCCAACAUAGCCGAGUUUUUCCAGGUGGGUCUCGCAAAGGGUGUUGACAUCAUCAUCAAUGCCAGCUGUAUGGACGACAUCGAUCCCUCAGCCAUCGGACAGAGGCUGACCAAUGGGACAGUUCCGGUAGCCAGCCCGGUCCUUAGCCGCCUGCGAAUGAAAGACGAGGAGAACGGCGAAAACGUGGGCACCACCUACCAGAAGACAAAUGCGGAGAUCGAGAUGAAGAAAAUCAAUCGAGAGGAGUUCUGGGAACAAGCCAAGCGGGAAGAGGAGAUCAGAAAGGAGGAGGAGAGGAAGAAGGCUGCUGAAGAGCGACAGCGUUUUGAAGCAGAAAGGAUGGAGCUGGAGAGGAAAGAGCAGGAGGAACGUGAGAAGAGAUAUCGUGAGAGAGAGAAGCAGAUCGAGGAACACAGGAAGAAGAUGCUGGAGGAAGAGGAGGCCAAAGAGAAAGCCAGGAAUCAACUUCUGAUUGUAAGAACAGAACCCAGCAAUGAAGAUCCUGGCGACAAGAAGGAAUCAGAGGUUGAGGAGGCAGCGGCCAUCAUUGCCCAAAGGCCUGACAACCCGCGUGAGUACUUUAAACAGAGAGAGAGAGCCCUGGCCAACAGUGUGGACGUCUCACCAGUCACCACCCACAGGACCGGCCGCUUGGACAGUCCAUUCUUGAGGCAACAGCACAGUCCGUCUGACUGCAGCCCUCCCCCCUCUCGUACUCCGCCCAGUACGCGGCGGCGACCAGGUUCACCUGGAAUUCUGGCACGCAGCAUGACCACUGGAUGCACUCCAAUUCCCAAAAUCGCCAUUCAGGAGGAAAAGGAUGACUUCUUUCGAAAGGAGUUCGAUUUUGAGUCUCCAAAGCAAACCCCAAUGCAGGAGUCAGACUUUGUCAGCACUGCCGAAAGCACCUCACCCCAGGUCAACACAGACGACAGCUUGCUAGACAUGUGGGACAGCGGUCCAGCACCUGCUACUGCUCCUUCCCAGGCCGCUCACAUCAUGGACCUGAUGGAGAACGUCCCAGAACCUCAUCUCGCCGGCUCCUCCCCCAGCCUCCCACAGCCACUUCUGAGCUUCGACGAGGUACCUGACGCCCCCUUCUGCACCACCACCGAAGACGAACCCUCCAGUCUGGUGGACGUGGCCGGAUCGGACCAGAUGACCCUGAGUUACCAACAGGCCCUUCAGCAUGCAUCUGCCACCGACAGCCAGGACAUGGAUGACGGACAGCUGCUGUUGACUAAUGGAGACUCACUGCUUAAAGAAGGGACCCAGGCCAGUGAAGGCUAUUUCAGCCAAUCACAAGAGGAGGAUUUCGCCCAGUCAGAUGACUGCACUGCUAAAGUGAACCCUACACCAGUUUUUUACAACAAACCACCAGAAAUCGAUAUCACAUGCUGGGAUACGGACCCUGUGAUGGAAGAAGACGAUUAGGAACGACAGCAGCGACACGUGAAGAAAUCUGAUUGGACAAACAUAACAAGUCUUGCAUCAAAAUGUUUAGCAAAAAAAGAAACGUAAGCCACCGAAGAAAAGGCCUCGGGUUAUUGUUAAAGAUGCCAGUGGGUAUGUGAGCGUGAAUGUGUUGUUUAUUUAUUUCAUUUCUCUUUCGUUGCUAUGCAGAUUAUAGCACAGUGUGUAUCUAGCGCUCACCUGUGAUCUAUCGACUCCCUGUGCCUAACAGGUGUGUGUAGUAGCAGAUCAGACCCUUCAGUUUUAGUUAUAUCAGAUCUAAAUCAUCACGGUCCUGGUUGAUCUUCCCACCAGUGUUAGACGUUCAGGCUGGUAAUACAGUAGAUGCAUUAGUUGAAUGUGUAUGAGUGUUACGCCCAAAGGGUCUUUACUUUGAUUACCCUGUUGGUCAGGGACGGUUUAACCUUCAUUUAUUCAAAGCGAAAGGCAUGUCAGUACUAGAUUUUAGCUUUAGUUGAGUGCUACGUCACUCGCAGUUAGCAAACAAAACAUUACGGGGGUUUAUGUGAUUACGAAAUUUUGUGUUGUGCCAAUUAUUUCCAGUACGUUGACGUGUCGCACUGUGUCGGUGUAACGGCCUUUUAGGACUUUAGCCAGGUGGCAUAUGUAUAUUUUGACUACAUAUGAGACAAUGUGUAUAAACAAUGGCAUUCUGAUUUUUCUGAAACACUUGCAAUAGAUCUUGCUUUGAUUUUUGUUAUGAAACUUAGGCAAUAACGGUUGUACUCCAGUUUUGUUUGUUAUAUACUGGGCGGCGUGUUUGUGCAUCCACAUCUAAUCUAACAAAGAAACCGAGAUGAGAGUGCCCUGUUACUCAACGCUGAAAGAAAUGCUUGGCGUCGCAAGGUGCUUUUUAAGUUACUGCAAAACCACCACUUUUCAAUGUUUGGGCCAUUAAAACAGAUGCUAUUCAGGUAGCUAGCUUUUCAGACUGUUGCUCUGUGGUCAGUUUUUGCGAAUGCCUGCUGUAGCGCCCCUAGUGGCAAUGCUGAGAAUGCAAUGCUCGUGUUAUGAAACACAUUUCGGCAUGCGGUGACUAGUAAAAUAAAGCUUGUGGUUAAAAGCGUUUUCAUUUCUGUGAUUGCAUAGAGGCCCUGUUUACUGACGUUUUUAAAAUACACAUCUAAAGUGAGGUCCGCCCCAUGUGCAAGUUGUUCACAAUCGUACAUCUAAGCCGCUUACCUUAACAAUUGUUAUUGUUUUGUUUUAAAGAAAUAGUUCACCAAAAAUCGAAAACUUUGUCAUUAUUUAUUCGCCCUCAUGUCGUUUGAUCCCGCAAUGUCUUUUUUGUUCUACCAAACAAAGACAUAAUGGACUAAAUUUUAGUUUGUUUUCACCAAACCCUCAGGACACUUAAACAUGAGUGGAGUUAUUUAUUUAACACUUUUAAAUCCUUGUGAGCCUUAAAGAGCCAGAAAACCCAAAACAAAAUAAUAAUGACAAAGUGAGUAAAUAAUAUUGACAAAGUUUUCGAUUUUAGGUGAACUAUGCCUUUAACAAUGAAUGAAUGAUGCUUAAUUGUUCUUGAAUUCAUCUUGUAUACAUCUAGCAAUUCAUAACAACUUUUUGAGUUAUUGUAAACCUUCGUUUUUGGAUAUGUAAAUUGUGUCACUUCAAAAUGAUUGCUGGGACAAAUCCUCUGGGAUACUAAACUCCUGUAAUCUUUGUUUUACUGGCCCACUAAGUUAUCUGUCUUAACCUUGACUGUCAUUUGUCUUCCUCAUUUUAAAGGCCACAUCAUUAUAACACAGUAUUAUGACAUUAUUACUCUUUGGUUUUAUGUUCCAGUAAUACAACUGUAUUGCAAAAAUUGUGAGUGGAAAAAGCGAGCAAUAAGACUAAACCAAUGUAGUAUUGUUCUGUAAAUAGCUCUACUUUUCUGUGCUGAUUUUGUGCUUAUGUAAACUGUAUUAUAGUCACUAACAUGUAUCAAUCCACAGCCCAUGCCGCGGUCAAGGGUUGGUUUGAGUUUGAACUGGGUUUCUUUGGUGAGAAAGAAGAUUGCUCAGUAUGAUAGCUGGUUGUUUUUGUUAGGAGGUGACCUGCAUCUUUAACAGUAACUUUGCCCCUUUGAAAUGACUUCAGUGUAACUCGUAUUCACUUUCCAGCCUCCUUAGUAGUGAUUAUUAUUCUCUUUUUCCCUCAAACUACAAGGAGAUUACUACUAGUAUUACUAUUAACACUGCUGUUCAACUAGCAUCGUUUCUUCUCUGAUCCUGAAGCAAGGCUUAGCAACUCUUGAAAGUUUUCGCUCUUUUUUUUUUUAAUGAGAAUAAUUUUUUUCUAUCUCUUCCCUUUUCCGUCCGCUUCUCACACGCUGUUUUUGAAACAAGCACAAAAUUUUUGUGACAUGCUAUGUGCUUAUGUUAAUGUUAAUAAAAGACUUUAAAAUC